AACAGCACUGAUUGUUAGAACGGCAGUUUUCGUGUGUCGAUGCGUUACUUCGAGUGGAUACAUUCCCGGCAGGGUAAUGUUAAUCGCAUUACGAUUUCGAUAACAAACAGCAGCACUUAAGUGCUAACGUAACUCGCGAUAAGUAGACCACUUUUGGUUGCCCAUCACGAAUUCUAUAGGUACCGGUAGAUUCCUUCACCUCAAGGAUGUCUGUUUUACUGCGACAGUCAUGGUCCCGUUUAACUCCGUUGUCAGCUGUGAGCUGUACGCACCUUCAGCAGCUGCACUCUCAGCAGCCAAGUGUGGACCUGUGCACACUCACUAAAACCUCUGCGGAACAGCAAGGUCGUCUUCCAGUGAUACCUGUUUUCAGGCAAGCACUGUCUUUCCCUGCUGAAUCAAUCGCUCUGAGGGAUGCCUACGGAGAGUACACAUACCGUGGAUUAUUCCUCAGUAGCCGACAGUUAGCUGAUCAGCUUACAGACUCAUUUGCCGGAAGACGUGGUGAACGAGUUGCAUUCCUGGCUGGCAAUGAAGCAACUUAUCUGAUUAUUCAGUGGGCAUGUUGGAUGAGUGGUCAAACAGCUGUUCCUCUGAGCAGUGUGCACCCUCCACAACUGUUGGAAUACUUCAUCUCUGACAGUGAUGCAGGAGUAGUUGUUGCAACAACUGAACAUGCUGAUACUCUACGGAAAGCUGCUGGAGACAAGCGCAAAUUUAUUGUCCUUGACUCGACACUACGCACUCUUUCAUCCAGGAAAGCAGAUCAGUUGGGAAGUGAGAAUGUAACCCUACCUGAGGAAGCCCAUGAACUUAAAGGAGGUGGACAAGAACCAGAGUUUUAUGAUGACAAUGAUGCACUUUUCAUCUACACGUCUGGAACAACAGGACCUCCAAAAGGAGUUGUGUUGACUUACCGCAACCUGGAUGCACAGGCACAGUCACUAAUAAAGGCAUGGGAGUGGUCAUCUAAAGACAGCAUUCUGCAUACACUACCUUUACAUCACAUUCAUGGUGUUGUCAAUGCUCUGCUUUGCCCACUCCUUGUUGGUGCCAGAGUUGUUAUGCUACCAAAAUUUGAUGCUCCAACUGUAUGGGCGAAGCUUCUGGCAUUAAAUACAGUGGCUGCAGAAAGAGUCAACAUUUUCAUGGGUGUGCCAACUAUGUAUGUCAAGCUAAUUCAGGAGUAUGACCAUGCAUUUGGCAAUAAUGAACGCAUGAAAGAGUACAUUCAUUCUGUUUGCUCCCAAAAGAUAAGGUUAAUGGUGAGUGGUUCAGCACCAUUGCCAGCACCUAUAAUGGAACGUUGGGAAGAAAUAACUGGCCAUCGUCUUCUGGAACGAUAUGGAAUGAGUGAGACAGGCAUGAUCCUAUCAAACCCCCUUCAUGGAGAAAGAAAGCCUGGAUCUGUUGGACACCCACUUCCUGGUGUCACUGUACGACUAAGUGAUAGUGGUGAAGUGCAGGUGAAAGGGGACAAUGUUUUUUCCAGAUACUGGAACAGGCCACAAGCCACAGCAAAAGAAUUCACAGAGGAUGGAUGGUUCAAGACAGGUGACACAGCUGUUAUAGAGGAUGGCUACUACAGACUGCUCGGUCGGACGUCAGUUGAUGUCAUUAAGACUGGUGGAUAUAAGGUGGGUGCGGUUGACAUAGAAGCCAAGCUGUUGGCGCAUCCAGCAUUGGCAGAUGUUGCUGUACUUGGUGUUGAGGACCCCACCUGGGGACAAAGGGUUGUUGCUGUAGUGGUCCCAGAAGAAAAUAAGACUGUACCAACAUUAGCAGAGCUACGUGAGUGGGCAAAAGGACAUAUGGCACCUUAUGCUAUUCCUACCCAAUUAAAAGUGAUAGAACAGCUGCCACGCAAUGCCAUGGGCAAGGUCAAUAAGAAAGAUCUUAUCAAGCAGCUGUUUCCUUCCAAAAGUACUGGAACAGUAGCGGCUGCUAAAUAGGAAUAUAUGACAGUAAAAAUAUUGUCUGCUGAAACAAUGCACACAGAAGACUGAAAUGUUGAAGAAGUACAUAGGAAUUACAAAUUAGCAAAAAAGUGUUUUGGGAGUAAUAAAAAAGUGUACAGUAGUCUUUAAAUAAAACCUUUGAAGUAAGAAAAUCGAAAUAUUUUGAAGGAAGCUUAUAUAUGAUAGUGACUAAAACACAUGGAAUUAAAAGUUUACUAAAGAAGCAUUUCAUCAUAUUGGUGUGCCUUUCAGAAAAUUAUUUUUAUGAGCUGUUGGAAGACAUACAAAUCUUAUAUAGACCAUAAUGCCAGUUUGUUGAGAAAUUCAAAUUACAUCAUUGUUACACAGGUACAGAUAGGCUGUAAUCAAAAAAUUAGAGGUUAUGAUACUGUAAUUUUGCAAAUUUAUUUAUUCGUACAUGUGCUUUCUGGUAUGCCAGAAGGUCUUGUUUAUGGUGAAAUUUGAUCAGUUUUGUUGGUAACUGAGUAAUUGUAUGUUUUUAUGCAGUUUGCUAGGGCCAAAGUAUCAGUGAUGUACAAGACGAAUGAAGCUAUGCUGCACAUAACUUUAACAAGAUUCAAAAUUUUGCUGUACUGAAGGAAUUUAACAUAAAUUAAUACUGCUCAGGGAAAGUAGAGAUUAAAGUAGAAAAGUAGGUUGUUGUUACUUUGAGAUUGCUUUAACAACUUUCUAAUGUUUAUUUAUUAUGGUACCAUGAUUUAAUAUGUCACUAUAGUCUUAAUUAAUGGCUUUAAAAAUGUUAUAAUUCCAUAUUUUAAAGACUGAAAAUAUGUAAGCAUUGGAUGUGAGAUGUGAAUACGUCAGCUUGAAGGAAAUGUUGCCUCAUAGUGAUUUUUAUGGAACAUCAUUGUGUAUGUUUUGUGGUGUGGCUAAUGUCCUAAUGCAGCAUUUUUUUCCCCAAUGUUAAACACCUGCUUUUUGUUUUCUUUCUACUUUUUUCUUCAACAUUCGUUAAUUGUUGUUCAUAUUAGUGCAAGUAAUACAGUAUGUGGGGGAUAUUAUUACUUACUAUAGGUGGUAUUCAUUUGUUCCAGUUCAUUACUAUUAAUAUUAGUGCUUUAAUUAUGAUAAAUGGAAGCCAUUAGUGGGAUAUAAAUUAUGUUUUAGAGAGCAGACUAAAACAUACCUAUAAGAUGAAAGUUUUGAGAAGUAGAGAGAAAUGUGUAGGAUGAAACACACACACACACACACACACACACACACACACACACACACACACACAUUUUUGUGGAACAAUCUAACACUUGGUACUUCACCUUAAAGGUGGGUUUAUUAAUUGUUAAUUAUCCAAUUAUCUAUUAUUUACAUCCAUCUACUGCCCAUUUUAAUGUGCUUUACAUAUUUUAUUGUGUUAAAAAUCAUUUAUGUUAACUUAUUCUGCCAAAAUAAACAUUGCACUUUUGAAAAAUGCUCCAAUGUAGCAGACAGUUUUUCCAUGUGUGUUCUGUUUUCUUUCAUAUCACAACUUACAUUGGAUUUUAAAUUAUGAGCUUCAAAUGUCUUACAAAGACAUAUGUAGUGUGCUCUGUGUACAUAGGUUUUUGCACAGUACUCUGACACAAAACAGAGAUAAAGCAACUGUCCACAUUUUGGUGAAAGUGGAUUCUUGUUGACUUUUCCCAGCGUAAAGUGCUAAUAAGAAAAUUAUAAGUCAACAUUCCGUUCUGGUUAGAGUAAUUUGUUUGUGUGCAGUUUCUUAUAUGUCUCUUCUAUCAAGUUGUCUCCAUGACAUCUAUGUCUUCCCAUGACUUUACUCAGAACUUGAAAGGUACUUCUCAUUUGCUGUUUUUUGGUGUUCUAAAUUAGAAUGAUAGUUUCCUUUGUAGAUGUCGAGCACCUUUGAAUAUUCUUGUUUAUAUACAUUAUGGCAUCUUAACAUCCAGAAGCUUCCAUCAAAUAUAUCAGAACCUUAAAAGCAAUGUUAUCUAUAUUGCAGGAACUUUUAGGCUGAAAACUGACUCUUGAGUAGGGCUUGUCCCCCUCCCCCCAUAAAAAUUUUAUUUUUACGAAAAUGAUAAGGAGCAUUAUUCAAAACAGUGUAUGUAACUCCUCAAGUAAUGAGUGUCUGUAUUCUUGGUUCCUGCAUGUCCUGUCACAUUCUGGAUUCUACAUGUCUGACACAUUGUUUGUAUUGUUCCAAUAUUUUUAAUACUUUUCUUCUUAGUCCCCAGGUGUUUCUGAUACAUUUGUCUGAACCACUCGUCAUUAAAAAAUAAAAAAAAACAUUGAACUUUCCUAUGUUGAAGCUAGUUGAAUCAUACUGUCAGUGAAACAGUGACCAAUACAAACUGAAAAAAUAUAUGUUUUAGUCUAAAGGCACAAUUUAUUUAUUUUGCCUAGUGACUAACAGUACCAUUCUCAGGCCAUCCCCUAGGAUGCAGUCAUCACAUUCACUUCCCAAGUGGGUGUAUCAGUUACUUAUUUGACACACCUAACUGGAAAGCGAGCAUGAUGAUUGCGUGUCAGGGGCUGGCCUGAGGAUGGUACUGUGUACUGAAAUGGGUUGCCAGCAGGCAAAAUAAAUAAAUAAUUUGUUAUUAUAGACUAAAACAUAUGUUCUUUUUAGUACAUCCUUUAUCUAUAAACACAUUUUAUUUCAAUAUUGUAAAAGCAGUAUUGUAAUAUCCUGCCACAGAGAAAAGUAUGCAUUUAUUUGUUUGCAUGCCAGUAAAGUGUACACACAGCCUCUAAGAGUGGAAUUAACAAACUGGUCAAAAUAAUUUACCAACAGAUAUGUUUGAUGUAUUCUGUGCAAUAGUCUUACAUAAUUGUUAGUUUAAACGUAACUCAGAGUGAUAACAACCAACUGAAGUAAAUCACAACAAAAAUUUAUUUCCUGUGGAAUAUGGUCAUAAUUUCUAUGUGUGACUUAAAAUUUUUGUUGACAUAAAUUGUACUUAAGAAAAAUAACUCCUGCCUCUGCGAGCAAAAAACAUUUGGAGACAGAUUGUUUGCAAAUAGUUUGUCUACAAAGUCAAUAUCCUCUCAUUUUAUGGAAUUGUAGAUGUAUAUUAUAUUGAGUACACUAAAACAAAUGGGGCCUCUUAGAUACUGAAUUGGCCAAUUUCUUUUUGCAAUGGCAAAAAGAGAAAUUGAUUGUUGUCAAGACUGGACAACUGAGGUGCAAUAAGUUGCAAUCGAAGCGUGAACCAAUGUGUUUACAUAAGCAUUCUAGUUUGAUAUUUUGUUCUGUGCUGUGAUAUGUUAAGUAACAGGGGGGAAAAGGAAUGAUCAGAAUGGAUGCUAAUACUUCUGCCCUACAUUUGUUCUAGCAGCUGUGUACAGAGUUGCUCGUAAUAGUGUUCCAAAGGAAAUGGGUAUGCCUUAGCAAACAUUAAUGAUUGUUCAGCCUUAUGGGCCGUGUGUACACACAAUUCAUAGUUGCUGAAGUAUUGCUGCCUGUGAAUUAUGGCAGUUGACUGAAUCCAGAAGGCAACUAUGGCUUUAGUUCCCUCCAGUACUGACUUCAUGUGACAUGAGUUAUAGAUAAUUAUUCAUAUUUCUUGAUUCACCUUUACUGAGACUUUAUUUUAUAUAAUAAAAAUAUGAUUUCUGAAUGUUGCUUGAAAAUCCAUUGGGUAAUUCAGUAUGAAAGUUCUAUAAUAUUUUAUGCAUAAAAAAGACAGUAAUUCAGAUGUUGGUAAUCAAAAUCUGCAGUAAAUUUGACAGAAUUUUGAUUUGAUGUUGAAUGGAAUAAAAUUGAAAUGUACUGUAUGUUUUUAGAAAUAAACUGGCACCUGUUCAAAGUUU